AUGUCUGAGCCAUCCAUCAAGCUCAAGGCCGCCAAGGACACGCUCGUGUCGUCGCUGUUCGAACUGUCGAAGUCGGCCAACCAAAGUGCCUCCUGUAUCAUUGAUUUUUACAACGCCAUCGGCGAAGAUGAAGAAGAGAAGUUGGAAGCUUUCACUACUUUGACGGAGGCACUACAGAAGCUGACGUCAGCCACCAAUCAAAUCCAUGGCGUCAGUUCGGAAUUGACCAAUCCAAUGGAAGACGACAAAGAUGUGAUUCCAGCCAUCGUGUCGCCAGUGAAGACACCAGCAGCCAGGAAAAAGCAGGAACGUGACCCAAACGCUCCAAAGAAGCCCUUGACGGUGUUUUUCGCCUACUCUGCGUACGUUCGCCAAGCCUUGCGCGAAGAUAGGCAGAAGAGCGGUCUGCCACCUCUGUCGUCGACGGAAAUCACCCAGGAGAUUUCUAAGAAAUGGAAAGAAUUAAGUGAGAGUGAAAAGUACAAGUGGAAGCAGGCCUACACCGCUGAACUCGAGAACUAUCAACAGGAAAAGCUCAAGUACCUGGAGGCCAAGAAGAACGGGCUUGCGCCCGUACUGGAGGUCCCCAGUUCCGCUCCGAUCCCAAUUCCAGACUACCUUCAAGGCGGGCUAGAAGAUGAAUUCGAGCCACCAAAGGAGAAAAGACCUCAUGAGGAAGACGGCAACACCGGCAGUUCGGAAAAGAAGAAGAAGAAGAAGAAGAAGGACAAGAAGAAGGACAAGCACAGCAGCAGCAGUGCUAUGUAA